CCAAUGAGACUAGGUGGCAUCUGUCGCCUCCCAACCAAAUGCAACAGUUAUAACCGUGAACUAUCUAAAUAGAAUGAGGGGCUUAGGUAAGUAAGUUGAAUAAAGCAGGCUGUGAACCACUCUUCUGAUAUAGAGCUCUUCUUGUAGCCUACUUUAACUCGCAUUUACAGACACUACAGGCCAAAUUGAAAAUAUGACUGAUACAGAAAAGAGGGAUGGCAACUCAACCAGGCAACGAAUAAUACCUGAGGAAGAUGGCGAAACAAUGUGGGUAGAUGAUGCUUUUGAUGAAUCCUACAAAGAGAAAGAGGGCCCAAUGAUUCCACUGGAGAUAGUAUGGAGAAAUGUUGUGGCGGUGUCUUUACUGCACAUCGGAGCUGUUUAUGGACUGACCAUGAUCCCUUCUGCUAAAGCACUUACACUAUUAUGGGCAUGGGUGUGUUUCAUGAUUAGUGGCCUGGGAGUGACAGCUGGGGUACAUCGACUCUGGAGCCACAGGUCCUAUAAAGCUAAACUGCCAUUAAGAAUCUUCUUAGCCAUUGCAAACUCUAUGGCCUAUCAGGAUGAUAUCUAUAAGUGGUCUAGAGACCACAGAGUCCACCACAAGUAUUCAGAGACCAGUGCAGACCCACAUAAUGCUAUGAGAGGCUUCUUCUUUUCUCAUAUGGGCUGGCUGAUGGUACGUAAGCACCCAGAUGUCAUUGAAAAAGGGAAAAAGCUGGACCUCAGCGACCUCAAGGCAGAUGGCAUCGUUAUGUUCCAGAGAAGGUAUUAUAAGCUCUCUGUAGUGGUAAUCUGCUUCCUCAUUCCCACACUGGUGCCGUGGUACUUCUGGGAGGAAAGCAUGUUGGUGGCCUACUUCAUCCCAUGCCUGCUAAGAUACACUAUUGUCCUUAAUCUCACCUGGCUGGUUAAUAGUGCUGCCCACAUGUGGGGAAUGAGACCCUAUGACCACAACAUCAACCCCAGAGAGAACAAAUUCGUUGCCUUGGGUACUUUAGGGGAAGGCUUCCAUAACUACCAUCACACAUUUCCAUAUGACUAUGCUACCAGUGAAUAUGGCAGUUGGCUGAACUUCACCAAGGUGUUCAUUGAUUUUAUGUGCUAUAUUGGCCUUGCCCAAGACCGCAAGAAGCCAUCUCAUGACACAGUCAUGGCUCGGAUUCACCGCACUGGUGAUGGCAGUCACAAAAGUGGCUAAAUUAUUUCUAACAUUUCAAAAGCCAAAGUGCAUCAUGGGAAGCUAAACUAAUAUCUAAAUAUAUUUGUGCCUCAAAGUGUGCAGUGAAGAUCCUAGUAUUAUCUCCAGUAAAUUAAGAAUUCUUGUCUUAAUUACACAGACUAAGGACCACUGUUUAAUUAUUUUUGGCAAAUUUUAUGAUGAAACUGUGUACUUUAGCACUGCACAGUUUAAUUUGGAAACAUGGCUCGCUCUAACUGUAACAGUAGUAGUAAUAGUAUUACUUAAACAGUGCAUUCAGGUAAACCUAACUGAUAUCACUGUUUGUUUAGAAUGUAAAAUUCACAUUGACUUAAAGUCAUUCUGAUAAACUAUGCAAGCUAUACAGUUACAGCUUAUAUAACAUCACAAAUGUGCUAUUACUCCCUAUGGCACCUUUGGUUUAUAUUCAAGUUGCCAUAAAGUGAUGAAAGUGAAAGAAGUGACAGAACUGAUAGAAGAAACAAGAUUUCAAAGCAACAGAUACUCUGAUACUGUUGAUUUGCACACUGACACUUCUUUGAAAUUCAAUACCCCAUUUUAUGUUGAAAUAGACAACUAUGCUGGCCUUCAGAUUUCAAUUUAUAUAAACAAAAAUGCUAUAUAAAUUUAAAUUUUAUCGUUAAUAGUUUAACAUUGUAUGACCUAUCCAGAACACUGAAAAUAUCUUAUUUUGAUUCCACUGCAUGAAAAGUAAAUAUAU